AUGUCACAUGAUAAAACUGAUGGUCAAGAUUCAUCAUCUCAACGUGCUAUUUCUAAAUUUGUUUGUAUCUGCCAAUCUAUUGUUUCGAACAUCGUCUAUAACUUUACUGAUCUUUUUACAUCAUAUACCUGUUUAGAAAAUUUAUCAAAUGAAAUUUUGUACGAAAUAUUGGAAUAUCUUGAUGCUUAUGAUAUACUUAAGCCAUUCUCAAAUCUUAAUAAUCGUUUACGAAAUCUUAUCAUUUCUUCGCCAAUUUUACUUCGAAUAAACCUUGAUUCAAAAUCAACAUCUCUACUCGAAUGUCGUUGUCAACAUGUUAUUAUUCCAAAUACACAUCGUAUUCUUUCACUUCAUUUGACUGAUUAUUGGACUGAUCCAUCACUGAUUGAUACAUUCUUUAAUCAUUGUAUUAUUGAUUCAUCAUCUCGUCGUCUUGAAUCAAUUAUUCUCAAUGGAAUCAAACCAGAGAAACUAUUCGCGACUCUUUUUUAUUUAAAUACUUUAUCUCGUCUCUUUUCACUAACCGUUUCCAUAAAGAUUGAUGAUUAUUAUGAUUUUGGGAAUAUUUAUUCAUUAUUUUUUUCUUUAUCUACAUUAAAAUAUAACCAACUAUCAACAUGUACUGAUGAUUUACAAAUUAAUAUUCCAGAUGUGAUCAAUAAAAAAUUUAGUACGAUCGAAUAUCUGGGUGUUAAUUAUUUUUGUACUCUUAAUCAACUAAAUUCUCUACUUCAUUACACACCACACCUUCGUCGUCUAUUUUGCCAUCGACUGAUUAAAUCAGAUGAAAUUUUCAAAAACGAACUAUCGAUGAAAGUACCACAUUUAAAAUACAUUUGUGUUGAAGAAUUGCUUGCUUCGUUUGAUGAAUUUGAAGUAUUUAUUAAGGAAAUAUCCUCUCAAUUACAAAUAUUGAACAUUGGCAUACCUUGGGAUAAAGCUUAUCUUGAUGGUAAUCGUUGGGAGCGAUUAAUUCAAAAAUAUAUGCCUGAAUUAGAAAAAUUCUACUUCAGUUUUGUUCAGGAUAUUGGUAAUAAUAUGAAGACAAACUCAAGUGAUUCAACUGAUGGAUUCAUUAAUCGAUUCAAUUCACCAUUUUGGUUUGAACGAAAAUGGUUUCGUGAGCUACACGUAUAUAAUAAAGAAAUGGUUUUUUUAAUUCAUCCAUAUAGAAAAGAAUGGAUCAAUCUUCAUGAACAUGUGAAUACUGCCACGUAUUCGAAACAAAAUUCGAUAGAAGAUAAUUAUAUUUCUAAUCAAGAAAAAACUGAUCAUCGUAUUAUACAAUUUACUAUUAGGGAUUAUAAAUUUACCGAACUUAAUUGGCGAUUGAUUAAGAAAUUAAAAUGCGCUUUUAAAGCAAUUCAAUUUACUCAUUUAGAUAUAAAUAAUAAUAGCAUGUCUAUUAACAUGUUACUCGAUAUUCUACAUUUGUUGCCAAAUAUUGAAUCAUUAAAACUGUCAUCUAUACCAAUACUUCAGUUAGAAUCUUUAUCUACUGAAGAUACCAAAAAUCAUCUAUCAGUAUCAGCUAUUAACAAAAUAACAAAAGUCAAACUUGGCCAAGUUAUAGAAGAACAACAAAUUGAAUUUUUUAUCAAUCUUUGUCCGCAUAUAAAAUAUCUUGAAGUAGGUUGUAUGCCAAAUGCAGAUGUCCCAUUACUUAUGAAAUUUAUUAUGAAUCAAAGGACACGUAUUCCUAAUCUCUGCUACCUAUGCUUCAUCACUCCUAUGGCAGAUGAAAACAUGCAGUCAUAUUUUCAAUUAUUUACUAAGUGUUUAUCAUCUCCAAUGAGUUCUCCUGAUCAUAAUCAAGAUGCAAGUAUUAAAUGCGAUACGUUUGAUCAAAUUCAUCGUUCACAAGAUAUUGAUCAACAUGAACGUCAUUUACUUGAUGAACAACUUGAUUGGUUAACUGUCAAUCAUGAUGAUUUGAAAGAAGAUAUUUUAGAACGAAUUGCAAGACCCAAAUUUCAUCCAUCAAUGGCUAUAAUUGAUAGAUGGGAAGAACAGGCUAUAGCGCGUAUUCGAUACACAGCAGUUCUUGCUCGUCGAACACUUUUUAACGCUUUAGAUAAACAUAUGUUGGAAGUAAGCAAGACAUUGAAUAAAUUAACACCAAAAUUAUGUGAAGCACGUUGGCAUACUAAGCCUUUUGAUAAAAAUGAUAUACAAGAAUGGAACAAUAUAUUACGUGAAUUAAAGAAAACACCAAUAUUUCCUGCUACUAUUCAUAACAUUAACUAUAUUCCUGAAUUAACUAUCGAUCUUAGAACACAGUAUCAAAGUCCUCAGUAUGAAACAGAAUCACAUGGUGUAGUUUCCUUUAUUUAUGAUUCGAGUUAUUCUACUACUAUAUCAAAUGAAGAUCAAGACGAACCAAUAUACGAAAAUAUACCAAAUUCACCUAGUUUAGACAACGAAACAAUAAAGAAUGAUACCGUUACUUUAAAUACAGUACAAAUUAUUACACCAGAAAACGCUUUGGUUAACGAAAAACAACAAAAUAACCAAAUGAAUAGAGAAUUUUCAUUUGAUGUAAUAAUUCGCUGA